UUUUGUUAAUCGAUUACACAUUAAACCCGGCGGUGUACAACUGCCUAGCGAUUAUACGACGGAUUAUUCGGCUAGGCGUCCGAUUUUUGAAACAGAGAGUAAUACUGUAGUAAAAAAAAAGCACAACUUUCAAACCUUGUCGUCGCCGCCGUCGUUGUCGUAUCCCUAAAACCCUAAAUUCUUCUUCGGCGAGGCCGAUGGAAAGAGGAAGAAACAAGGAAUCGCUCCCAGUUGAUCUGAUCCUCGAGAUAUUCACGAGAUUGCCGUCGAAUUCAGUCGCUAGGUUUCGUACAUUGUCGAAGCACUGGGCGUCUACGCUUCGCAGUCCGGAUUUCACCAAACUGUUUCUGGCCAGCUCCUCGACUCGUCCUCGUAUCUUGUUUGCGGUCGAACGAUAUCAAUACAACAAGUGGGACUUCUUCUCGUCGCGUCAGCCACAUAACCGAUAUGAGAAUUCGCUUCAUUUGGAUUAUCAUACCAAAUUCUCAGGAGACGUAAGCCAUAACAUUUGUAGCUACGCCUCAGGUUUGAUCUUUUUCCCUACUGUGCAGAUCAUGAAUGAGAACACGCCUUUGAUUUGUAACCCUAUCACGGGAUUGUAUGUGGGCUUAGAAGUCAUCAAGUACAGCAGGUCUCGAGGGUUUUUAGGGUUUGAUCCCAUUGAUAAGCAAUUCAAGGUUUUGGAUCAUCCUUUCAUUCUAACAUUAGGAUCUGGAGAACUCAAGUGGAGGUAUAAGGAUGUCCCUGGUUAUCGGUAUCGUCGCUCUUCCACUGCAGGGAUAUGCAUCAAUGGGGUUUUGUAUCACUUAGCUCAAACAUUUCUUGAACCAUCUUUUGUGAUAGUUAGCAUUGAUGUGAGGUCUGAGGAGUUCAAGUUUAUUGACGCAUCAUGCUUUAAUGAUCAUCUUGAGGAUCCUCUUACUGGAUUGAGUUUGGUCAACUCUAAGGGUAAAUUAGGUGUGAUUAGUUGCAGUUACGCUGACGCUGCUGAUGGAAGACGUACCGUUCAGUUGUGUAUGUCUGUCCUAGAGGAUGUUGAGAUACCGGAAUGGGUGAAGUAUGUCUACACUCUGCCGCUUAAUGAUAUCCUUGCUUCCUGCGAAUUUUCAGUUGCUGGAGUGACUGCUACAGGUGACAUUGUUUUGUGUAUGAAAUAUACAUGUAAACCUUACUACGUGUUCUACUUCAAUCCCGUAAAGAACACUCUCCAAAAUGUUGAAAUCCAAGGUUUUGGAGCUGAGCUUGAAGCAGUUGAGAGUCGUGGUGAAGUUUUUGCCUUUGUUGACUAUGUAGAGGAUCUUACCGUUAAUGAUGCACAUCAACUCAAGUCAAACAUCUCUCAUAUCACGAGUCUAUGCCGCUUCUGUCAAAAGGAAGCGCAGGGUAACAACAUGGGGGAAGAGGAAAUGAAAGAGACAGAGGGAGAAGAAGAAGAGAAGAGUUAGGAGAGUCAAACAAUUGUGACAAAAGAGUAGGUAAAAAGCAAUAGGGCAUGUCAUCUAUGCGUUUAUGUUCUUUAGUUAAUAGUUGUAGUCUUGUAGACGUUGGUAUGUCUGUUAAUCAUCAAGUCUAGCUUUGGUAAAUCGUAGGUACCUUUUGACUGUUUUUAUUUAAUCUAGUUUUCUUUU